ACCACAGAGCCCCCCCGCGGAAAAUGCGUCGCUCAAUCGCUUUCGAACCGGCCCCUCUCCCCUUCCAGCUCGCUACGAGCUCCCUUUUUUGACCUUCACCAGCGCCACCUCCUCCCCUCCCAUCCACGCGACGACGACGAAGGCCAUGGUGGCGAGGAGCCCCAACGCCAAGCCGGACAGGCAGACGGCGGCAGCCCUCGCCGCGGCUGCCGCGCUCAACCCGGCUCUCGUCAGGGAGACGCUCAAGAAGGUUGACAGGUGCAUGGCGCGGCUGCAGGAGCUGCAGUACACGGUGGCCGGCGGCGCCAAGGUCGUCUCCGGCGUCAGCCUCAGCCCCCGCAGCACGCGCGGGUACCUCCGCACCAGCCUCCGAUGCAAGCAGGAGACCGUCAGGCAAGUGCUUAUGUUCUGCUAUUCUUGGGAAUUCUCUGUCUCUGACUCUGACGACCCUUGCCGCCGCAGGAUGAGGGGCGGCGCGUCGGCGCAGAAGAGGUCCCCGAACGGCAAGUUCGGCGGCGUCGGCGCCAGCGGCGGAGAGGGCGCGCAGUGGCGGCGAAUGUCCCUUCCGGCGAUGCUGCUCGGCGAGACCGUGCUAGAGAUCGUGCAGGCCAGCCAGUUCGCGCGGGACAUCGUCACGGCGGCCGGCGCUACGAAUCGGGAGCCCCCGAGGACCCCGAAACCGACUCCCAGGACCAGGAAGCCGGCGGCGGAGCAGACGCCCCUCCGCGCCCGGCGUGCCCGGGAGAAGCAGAGCCAUCGGGGCGGCGCCGCGACGCGCUUCGCCGACGCCGCCACGCCGCCGUCGCGCGGCCGCGUGCGGUCCCGGAUCCAGUUCAAGCCCGCGUCGCCGGUCGCGGUCGCGGUCGCCGUCGGCCGGCCGUCGGUGUCCGCCAACCGCGUCUCCCCGAAGAACCGCCCCUGGGCCAAGAAGGCGGUGAUGUUCCCGAACCCCGCGUUCCACGCCUCCACCUCCGCCGCCGCAAACACCGACGCGUGCGCGACGCCGUCGCCUUCCAAGAAGCAGAAGCGGUUCUACACGACGCGGUCCCCGGUCGUGGCGCUGGCGCGGCAGACGCCGCACAAGUUCCUUGUCAAGUCGCCGCCGAGCGCGCUGGGGUCCAAGCUCAGGAUCCACGGGAAGGCUGUUCUGCCGGCAAGACCUGCCGCCACCGUGUCACCGCCGCCGCCCGUGAAGGCGCAGGCGUCACCUGCGAAAACCCGGCGCUGCUCGUUCUCGCCGUCAAGAUUGGCGACAAGGCUCGUGUCGCCGAUCAAGGCGAGGCUGUCGCUGAACAGGAGCCGGGACCGGGACAGCGGCGUCGGUGUAGGCGGCGGUGGCCCAAUGAGAGGGCUGAAGCAGCGGCCGGGUGUCAGCUUGACGGUGCGGACGGUGUCGAGCAAGAUAUCAUCGAGGUGAUGAUCUUUGUUUGUCUGUUCAGCGUCGUUUGAAGACGAGAGGGCGGUACAGACUGCAGAGAAAGAGAAUUGAGUUGAUCUUCUUCUUCAGAAUAAGAUGUUCUCUGCUGCUGCUGGGAAAGCUCCUGCCUUGGGGUGCUUGUACACACACAUAACGGUUAUCUGUAAUUUUUCGUUGAUCCUUGGUGAUAAUACUGGUGGUCUCCUCGACCGUAUAAUCGAAAGCAAUAGACUUCAACUGCAUUUGUUGUUCAGUCUGAACUUCAGGCUUAAAGUGAAUAUAUAGAUCUUUCAGAAGAUA